UUUCAAUCCCCUAUUUUCAGCUUUGUCCAUCCAAAUUCCAUAAACUUUAAACCCCUCAAACAUUAUUAAACCCCAAAUCACUCAACCCUCAAAUAUUCCUCCUAUUUUCUUGAAGCUCAUAUAUUUUUGAUUGAUCGAUCGAGAUUGAGGCGUAAUUAUUGUUGUUCUAUUUUCUUCGAAACUGAAAUCACUCAACCCCCAAUUACUUCUAUUUUCUUGAAGCUCCUGUAUUUUUUAAGAGAUCGAACUCAACUUGUUUGAGAUUAAGGCGCCGUUACUGUAGUUUUAUUUUCUUAAAAAUUCACAUCACUCAGCCCCUAAUUACUUCUAUUUUCUUGAAUUUCCUAUUUUUUUGAAGAGAUCGAUCGAGAUUGAGGCAUAAUUAUUAUUGUUCUCUUUUCUUGAAAACUCAAAUCACUAACCCCCAAUUACUUCUAUUUUCUUGAAGCUCCUCUAUUUUUUAAGAAUCGAACUCAACUUAUUUGAGAUUAAGAUGUCGUUAUUGUAGUUUCAUUUUCUUGAAAAUUUAUAUCACUCAACCUCCAAUUACUCCUAUUUUCUUGAAGCUCCUGUAUUUUUAAGAGAUCGACCUCAACAUGUUUAAAACUGGAACGUAAUUAUUAUUAAUUCAUUUUCUUGAAAAACAAAUUCACUCAACCCCCAACUACUCCUAUUUUCUUGAAAAAGCGGACCUCAACUUAUUCGAGACUGAGACGUCAUCCUUAUUAUCCUAUUUUCUUGGGGAAAAAAUAGAUAUGAACAAGAAAAAUUGUGAGUUGUGUGAGAAAAACAAGGCAAGAAUGUAUUGUGAAUCAGAUCAAGCAAGUCUUUGUUGGGAUUGUGAUACAAAAGUUCAUUGUGCUAAUUUUCUUGUAGCUAAACAUUCAAGAAAUCUUCUUUGUAAUUCAUGUCAAUCACUAACUCCUUGGUCAGCUUCUGGUUCAAAACUUUCACCUACACUUUCCCUCUGCAAUUCUUGUCUUGAAAAUACCUCGGCGGCCGCCGCCGUUCAUUUGCAGAACCAAAAUGAAGAAAGGGUUGAAGAAAAUUAUGAAACAGAAACUGAUGAAGACGAAGAAUAUGAAAGUGAGAGUGAUUUUGAUGAUGAAUAUGGUGAUGAUAAUGAAGAUACUGAGAAUCAAGUUGUUCCUUUGUCGUCUUCUCCGUCAAUUUCUUCUUCUUCUUCUACCGGCAGUUAUGGAGAUUUAGCUGCCGGAGACGGCGGUGACACGGCGGCUGUUUCUUCUCCGUGGAAGAAGCGAUUAAGGGAAAGUGAUUGCCUCCAUUAUGAGGAUGAAGAGGCUUGCUCCUCGGAUUUGAACUCCAACAAUUUGUUGGAAGAGAAUAAGGGAACAUCUUCUUCAAUGGGAUUCUUGAGACCAAUGAAAUUGCUUAGGACAAAUGAAUUGUCUUAAGAUUUCAACAAAAUAUGAUUUCUCAUUAGCAGGGUUGGAGAUAGAAUUUUGAGUUUAUGAUUUUAGAUAAAUUUAUUUCGUACGUAUUAAGAUAGAAUUUUGAGUUUAUGAUUUUAGAUAAAUUUAUUUCGUACGUAUUAAGUCGAAUUUCUUGAUACAAAUAUAGGAGUUGAGUUAAAGUUACUGAGUGCUAUCGAAUCAGUAAACAGAGUUGUAGAUUGUCGCUGCCCGUUAGAAGUCUGUAAACCAAUUUAGUAGUUUUUUUAUGGGAUUUUUACCUAUCUAUACCAUAUAUCAAAUUUUAUUACCCUCAA